ACAUUUCCCUUUCCAUUGAGGAGACGAACAAGAUUCGUGCCAAACUGGGACUGAAGCCAUUGAAGGUUGAGAACUCUGUUGCAAAGACAGAAGGAGAUGAAGAGGAAAGCAAGGGUGAUGACACGGAGGGUGUCAAGGAACAGAAGGCAGGCACGAGUACACUGGAUGAGUUUGUACAUAAACCUGCAGAGAACCUAGCUCAGAAGUUACAGGUAGAGAAAUUGAGAGAAAAGAUAGCACUACAGAGGGAAAAACGUCGCAUCAAAGAAAAGCUGAAGAAAGUGAAGACCCUUGGAGAAUCUGACAGUGAUGACGAGACUGCCAGUUCUUGGGUUAAGAAGUCAAGACUAAUAGAAAAGGAAAAGGCUGCUGCAGAGAAAAGGAGCAAGAUGCUGGAGGAGUUGGAUGCACAGUUUGGCAUUGGAGAUUUGGUUGAAAAGGAGAUGACUGAGCAGAAGACUAAGAAGUACAAUCGUGGUGACCUCUCGGGGAUGCUUAUUGAGCAUGAGAUGAAAAGGUUUGAGGAAGGCCGAACAACUAUUUUAACCCUCAAAGACAGCAAUAUCUUGGAUGAUAAAGAAGAUACCCUUGUAAAUGUUAACAUGGUUGAUGAUGAGCAUGUGGAGAAGAAUCUCAAGCGAAGAUUGAAGAAGACCGAUGACAAAGAAUAUGAGGCCCCAGAAGUAGACGAAUUUGGGAAUAUUGUCCAGAAUUCUCUCCUCACCAAGUAUGAUGAAGAAAUUGAAGGGGAGAAGAAAACAAGCUUCAGAUUGGGUACUGGUGGGGAGUCUUUCGCUGCUGAUAUUGAAGAGGGCCAAAGUGGCAUUCCUCCAAGCAUGAGAAAGAUGGCCAAGUUAAGGCAGCUGCAGUCCCUAGAUUUGCCCCAGACACAGCUAGCCUCUGAGUACUUCACAGAGAAGGAAAUGGUGAGUUUCCGCAAGGUUAAGAAGACCAAGAAAAAGAAGAAAAAGAAGUUGACUGCAGAUGACUUGGAGCCUCUAGAGGAGGACUCACUAGUGCACCUCGGAUCCAGAACUGCCAGACAUGCCGAGUGCCCCUAGAGGAAACCAAACCCACUGGCAGGAAAGCAGUGACACUCCAGGAUCUGCUUGAGGAGGAAGAACAGCCGGCUGUAAAAGAAGAGGCAAUGGAAGUGGAAGAAGGUCAGGAGAGCGAGCAAGAUGACAUAGAACUCCAAGAGGCUUUGGCCAGGUCUCGCAGGGCUAAGCUUGCACAGGCGGCUCAGCCGAGCAGUGAGAGAAUCACAGAGCAGUUGAAAAAGGAAAAGGUUGUAGAACAGAUAGAACCAGAGGAUGACGCAGUGAAAGUAGAUGCUGCAAAUCUUGUCAUGACUCUCAACACCACUGAUGAAUUUUGCCGCACACUAGGAGACAUACCCACUUAUGGUCUGUCAGGAAAUCGUGCAGAAGAAGACCAAAGUAUGUUGCAACUCCAGCAACCAAAAGAAAAGGAAGCCCAGGAACCACGAGGAGCUUGGGAAGAAGUAGGAAUUGAUGACACUCGUGUGGAAAUCACAGACCACAUGACGGCCCCAAUCUUAGAGGAGGAGCCUGAUGCCAGCAAGGGUGUUGCCAAUGCCUUGAAGUUAGCUCUCAAGAAGGGUUACUUGGAGAAAACCAAUAUAUCCAAGUCUGCUAAUGCUGCAUUGCAACAUCUCAGAGCAGUUCACUACAGCAUUGAAGACAAAGCAGUGGAUGAUGAUCGAAGGGGAAGUCGAGGUGAGCGAUACAUUGGGCCAGUCACCGAGUUCAAGGAGAAGGAUAAGUACAAGCCAGAUGUGAAGUUGGAGUACGUGGAUGAUGAGGGACGCAAACUCAAUGCCAAAGAAGCUUUCAGGUAUUUGUCCCACAAAUUCCAUGGGAAGGGGUCAGGAAAGAAUAAAACUGAGAAACGAAUGAAGAAGUGGAAUGAAGAGUUACUGAUGAAACACAUGAGUUCCUCAGAUACGCCACUGCAGACGCUGGAGCGGCAGCGAGAAAAGCAGAAACAGCUAGGAGCUGCUUAUCUUGUUUUGUCUGGGAGCAAGACACAGGAAUCCAUGGAUGUCAAGAAGUGAUUGAAAUUGGGCUUUAGAAUGCAUAUAUAUUUCUUUCUUUUGUUCAAACCUUUUCUUGUCUUCUCAUUUUUUCUUAUUAGUCAUGGCUUUUUUUUAUAUAUAAAAAUCUUACUUAUUGUCAUAUUGUCUUAUGUGGAUAAAACUUCAGUUUAAUUUUUUUCAUCACAUAUAAAACUAAAAACAAAAACAAAAAAAUUUAUGAAUUGGAAACUAAAUAUUUUUGGCAACAAAAAUAAUUGUUAGAAAGUCAUGUGAUUUUACCUAGACAGAGUCUAAUUUCAGACUACUAUGUAUUUUUGGACAAGGCAAAAAAACAUUAAUAAUGAAUAAAUUAGGCAUACUGAA